AUGAACUAAGACGAGUCAACAAAGUGCAUUUAAAUAGCGAAGUCAGCUAUAAGUUAGAAAGACUUUGAUAAAGUAAAAAUUUCUUCCUUUAUUAUUCAUCAAUUAAAGGCUAAAAGAUUCCUUGAAAAGAGUAUGAGGUUACAUGAAACUGGAGAGGCAAAAAAGCUGCUAGAAAUGGUUAUAAAGAGAUUGAAUGGAGAUUCAAAGGUAUUUGAUGACUCACAAUCGACUACCAGUCAGAGUACUCAUGCUAGUACUUCUCAAAAGAAGCAUGCUACUUAGCAUUAAUAACCUUAAGAACCACCUAAUUAUUCAAAAGAGGAUGUUGAGAGAUGCAAGGCUAUCAUUAAUAAGAAAGACUACUAUGAUAUUCUUGGUGUAACUAAAACUGCUACUGAAGAUGAAGUCAAAAAAGCAUAUAAAAAAUUAGCAUUAAAAUUUCAUCCAGAUAAAAAUAGGGCACCAAAUGCAACUGAUGCUUUUAAAAAAGUUAGCCAAGCAUUUGCUUGUUUAAGUAAUGCUGAGAAGAAAAGAAUUUAUGAUUAACAUGGGAGUGAAGAGAACUUCUAGUAACGCUAUCAGCAAUCAUACUACCAAGAGGAUUUUAAUCCUCAUGAUAUUUUCAGUGCAUUCUUUGGCUUUGAUUCAGGCAUGGCAAGAAGACAUCAUUAAAAUUAAAGACCAUAUCAAUAGUAGCAGAGAUAACAUCAGUAAUAAAAUAGAGAACAACAUAAUAAUCCUAUGGCUUUGCUCCAAAUGGGACCUCUACUCUUAAUUUUGCUAGUAUCUAUAUUAAGUAGCUUUGGAAGUAUUGGUACAGGAUAUACAGAGAAAAGCUAUGCCUUUUCUUAUUCAUAGACAUAUUAAUAUCCAGUCUAAGUAGUCUCUUAUAGGCUAAGUAAAGCAUACUUCGUAAGUUAGUGGACAGCAAAUGAUCUGAGAGCUGAUCUUAACAAAAAAUAUAAGUUGGAUGAAAAAGUUGAAGAUGAUAUUAUUAAGCGAUAUGAGGGCAAAUGUGAAGAAGCUAAGAAAUAAAGAUAAAUGUAUAUUAAUCUAUCGAAAAAAUAUUCAGAAGACCUUAAAAAUUACGAUUACUACCUAGAUAAAAUCUUAAAAAAUUACUAGUGA